AUGGAGGAGACCAGAAAAGCGAAGCCCAACGCUGGCACUUCCCUUUCCCAAGUCGCCAUCAGUGUAAGUUCCCACCUCUCGAGCCGCCGUCACUUCCCUUUCCCGAGCAGCUCAAUCGGCCAAAGCAUGCCCAGUCUCCGACGCCACCCACCGCGAUCCUCGUUGCCUCAGCGCCAUCAUCUCCGGCCUCGCCCUCGACGGUCGCCGCUGGAAGCUCUUCGCCUCUUCAAAUGGUUCCAGACCUCCGCCCUCGACCCCGACAAGUUCACCCUCUCCAAUGCGCUCUCGCUCUCCGCCAAUCUCAGCGCGCUGGACCAGGGAAGGCAGAUCCAAGCUUUCGUCUUCAAGAAGAAUCUACCCAUGGACGUCGCCGCCACCAACUCACUCAUCAAUCUCUACUUCAAGUGCGGCAGCAUCGCCGACGCGGAGAAGGUGUUCGACGAUCGUCAGUCUUUCUUAAAUACUUUAAAAUGGAUUGAAGAGGUUCGAACGGAGAGGGGAAGUGAUGUUAUUAUUGUCCUUGUUGGGAACAAAACUGACUUGGUCGACAAGAGGCAAGUCUCCAUAGAAGAAGGAGAAGGUAAAGCGCAAGAGCUCGGUGUCAUGUUUAUCAAAACAAGCGCAAAAGCUGGCUUCAAUAUAAAGGCUCUCUUUCGAAAGAUUGCGGCUGCCUUGCCCGGGAUGGAAACCUUUCUCCUCCAUGUUGCUUAGAUUUAUGAGGAAAGUGAAAGUGAGGAUGAUGGUCUUGACAUGGGUGAUGAUGAUGAUGUUGAGGAACUUGAAAAUGAAUCAGAGGCUGUUAGGAAAGAACCAACCAUUGAGAAACCUGCUCCUGUUUCAGCACCACCCAAAGAUGCUGAAAGGCAACUGUCAAAGAAGGAGCUUAAGAAAAAGGAAAUGGCAGAGCUGGAUGCACUUCUACAUGAAAUGGGCAUUGCAAAUAAAGAUAGUAAUACUGCACAAAAUGAGACAGCUAGUAAUGUCUUCUUUCACAUAAUUAGUUUAUUUUUGAUAGAUAGUAA